ACGAGUGGGGAGUGCGUACGGGUUGUCUCCCGCGCGCUUUCCGGUUGCUCGGGAGAUGCUGGAGCGCAGAGCCUGGUUGCUGCUGCUGCUGCUACUAUUGCUUCUGCUGCUGCUGCACCUGGCGCGCUGAGCACCGUGCGGGGAGCCCCCGAGGGCCGGCGGCGGUGCGGGUGCGCGGGUGGCGGACUGCGGUAGAAUGAAAGCCUGGCUCCUCCGGCGUUGCAAGCCACCGCUCCGGCGCGAUCAGGUGCUGGCAGCCAGCCGCCCGCCGCUCCACUAACUUGCCACUUGGUCGCGUCUGGUGUCUGCAUUUUCGGGUGGUGGUGGGGGGCGGGGACAGUGGGGAGUCCGAGGAUCUGCGGUAGUCGAAAAGAGGGAUCCUGCAAAAAGGGGAGCCUGCUUGCCUCUGCCGCCACUCUCCGUCCCCUCCCUGGCGCUCCCCACCCCCCACCCCACCGCUGCCGCCGCUCUUCCCUUCCGCCAAUUCCGAGAGCGACGGGGCGUCUGUGACAUGCGAUCGCUUGCCAAGUGACGGUCCCCGAGUGUGAAGUGCCCGCGAGGAAGUGUGAGCUCCGACGCGGGCGGCAAGGGGAUGACAGCCAUGAAGCAGGAGCAGCAACCCACCCCUGGGGCCAGGGCAACACAGUCGCAGCCAGCGGACCAGGAACUGGGAAGUAACAGCCCUCCACAAAGAAACUGGAAAGGAAUUGCCAUUGCUCUACUGGUGAUCUUGGUAGUAUGCUCUCUCAUCACAAUGUCUGUCAUCCUGUUAACACCAGAUGAGCUAACAAAUUCUUCAGAAACAAGACUGUCACUAGAGGAGCUUUUGGGAAAAGGGUUUGGACUUCAUAAUCCAGAAGCUCGAUGGAUCAACGACAAGUUCCUCUUCUAG